AUGUGGAGACUUUUUAGUUUUACUUUAUAUUUGUGCUGCAUUAAUUGAGUUUUGUGUGUUUGUGAAAGUUUCCAUUCUAGGAUAAAUUAUAUUUAAAGGUUUCGAUCGCUCGCACUUUACAUACUAUACUGCACGUAAUUGACAACAGCGCGAAUCGAGAAAUAGAAUCACCAUCAAGUAUUGAAUGCAAUGCUAAUCAAUUGAGAUCAAUUAAUGAAAUCUUUCGUAAUGGAAACGUCUUUGGCGGAAUCAGAUCUGGUGCAGUCGGAACCUCGAGGCGAAGAACAUUAUUCUUUAAGGUGGAACAAUCAUCAGAAUCAUAUAUUGAGUGCUUUCGGUGCAUUACUCCAAGCAGAGACAUUGGUAGACGUAACGUUAGUUUGUGCAGAAACGAGUGUACGCGCUCAUAAAGUUGUUUUGAGCGCUUGUUCGCCAUUUUUCCAGCGAAUAUUUUCGGAAACACCAUGCAAGCAUCCGGUGAUAGUGUUAAAAGACUUUUGCGGAUGGGAAGUACAAGCCAUAGUCGAUUUUAUGUACCGCGGUGAAAUUAGCGUUAGGCAAGAACGACUUCGGACACUGAUAAAAGCAGGCGAGUCUCUACAAGUAAGGGGCUUAGUCGACCAUCCGGCUGGGGCACCUGCGAAUGUUAAUUGUCCUGUUAUAGACCAGGAUGAAAUAGACGAAGAUGACAAUGAGUCGUUUCCCGGCUCGCCUUCCACCAACCGAUCGUUGUCGAAUAGUUCUCCUUUGUUCGAUCUGAUUAGGCCGAUGGACUUUGUUCCAGCAUUACCGCGACGCAAACAGGCUCGGCCUAGGAGGCGAUCGGGUGAGAGCGCCCAAGACAUCCCGCAACCGGACAGCGCAAAUUUACAACAGCAAGUGCAAGAUCUUGCGGCCAGUGCUGCAGCUGGUGAACAAUAUUUUUGUAGGAAAACUGAUGACACCGAACCUGAGGAUUUGUGUGUCAAGAAAACGCCCGAUCUCAAAGAUACACAAAAAUCCCGCCCAAAUUUAAUUCAACAGAAGCAACAGCACUAUAAACAAAUGCAUCAUGGUAUGAGUUUAAAAGAUGUGCGGAGAUCUAAAUCUAUGAAAAGUGAAUUUGAAAUUGCGGAACAACAAUUAGAUUUAUCGCUACAGCCACCGUCUGCGUCAAAUUUCACACAUAAUUUAAUGAUGCAUGGUGAGAGCGGCCCACCUAUUGGAGCAGGUCCAGGUAUGGAGCAAGGGGACUUCUCCUCGCCUCCACUCAGCUUACCUUCCAUGGGCCCCGGAACUGGAGGACAGUUAGGACAUUCUAUUAGGAAAGACAGUUCUCCGCUGCAAUUUUCGCAUCUUCCGUCUGUGUCAGCUUUAACAUUGACGCCACCUCACAGUAAGUUAUUUUUUAUGUUCGGCUUGGACUCCCCCUUGGGUCUGUUUCCGACUGGAAUGGACCCGGGUAAGCUGUACUCGCCGCUGCUUGAUUUAGAUCUUCGGGGUCAGCACGCCGGGUCAUUGGGUGACAACUCGUCAUACUCGAAGAAAAAACUUGGGCGUCCUAAAGGCCAGCAUUCUGCUCCACGAGGAGGACCACCACGAUCAUGGACCAACGCAGAACUUACCGAAGCAUUGCAACAUGUAUGGAAUAAAAAAAUGACAACUAGCCAGGCGUCCAGAAUAUUUGGAAUUCCAUACAACUCCCUGCUGAUGUAUGUCCGUGGAAAAUAUGGCAAAAGUCUUAAGCUCGAACAACUCAGAAAAGAUUGUAUAGGCGGACCUCCUUUAGAAUUACUGACUAUGACAGGUAAUAAUAACAACAACGGAGGAAAGGGACCCAAGGAGGAACCUGGACAAUGCCCAAGACCGCCAAGUUCUGAACCGGAAGCCCUGUGUAGUCCUGGUCCCAUGUUCAACCCGUUUUCGACGGGUUUCUACCCGGAGUUUGUAGGCGGUCCCGGUUUCCCCGGAUUGCCUCUGAGCAUGCUGCACCUAAUACCUCCAAACGCGAACGACCGAAUGUUGCAGUCUGGUCGCGAGCCAUUGCCUGGUCUCGAUUACACGAUUAAGAACGACGAGUUCAGCAAAGGCAGCGAAAUGGAAGUCGAGAACUAUUCCUCCCUGGCCCUGUCGCGCGACGACAGGCACGAGCGGCACGAGCGGCACGAGAGGCACGAGAGGCACGAGCUCGUCCAGCACAACGGUCAGGACUAGAUUUAAAAUGUUACUUUUUCCCUUAAUCGCACAUUCGUCUGAACUAAACACGCAGCACACGAGGCGCCUUUUUCUUUGGCCCAUCAUUUAGUACUGCAGAUUAUAUUUAGUCCAGCGUAUGUGCGAUUUCGGUAUUAGCGAGAAACAGAAAUUGUUUUCUUUUGUAGAUGGAUAUAUUCCAACAAAACAAUAUAAUCGCGAUUGCAAAGUAUACGGGUGGUUAUUAAGGCGAUCGUUCUGUGUGAUGUACCUUUAUAAUAGCUAUAUUAUUAAU